AUGAUUCGGAUUGCAGAGGGGACGGCAAAAAUACUUUCAAGCAUCCCUCUCCCCGACGAGAUAGCCGUCGUGCACCGUCAGGCAGCCAUUGUGGAUAUUGGCGGCUGGACCACGCGGAUUGGGUUUGCGGGAGACGAUGCGCCCCGCGUUGACGCCCCCACAUGUGUCGUGAAGGGAGCCGAAGAGGAGUCCGUCUCACUGUGUCUGAAGAAGGCUUACGACCGUCGUGCGACAACGGAUGUGUCCCGCGUCAUAGAUAAGGGCGAGGUGGAUUGGGAGGCCAUGGAGCAGCUGCUUGGCUACCUCGACAAUCUGCUGCAACUGAGCUCCAAGGAGGUGAAAACGCCACUGCUGUUGACAGAGAAAAUGCUGGUUCCGCGUCAUGAACGGCAAAAACUAGCGGAAAUUCUAAUGGAAAAACAUGGGGUGAAUUCUAUUCACUUUGCCUUAAGUCCUGCGCUUGCGCUGUACGCCGCCGGUACCUGCUCCGGUGUGUCCGUGGAGAUGGGGUACAACGCCUGUCAUGUCGUCCCUGUCUUUCAGGGUUACCCCUUGUUUCAUGCCACACACGCGCUUAAUUUUGCUGGGGACUUCUGCACGCGUUACAUGAUGUCCUCAGGGCCCGAGCUUCCGGCGAUGGUGCAUCCAAGCCACCGCAUGGAUGUUUGGGCCUAUUUAAAGGAGAAGUACUGUGAGUGCAGCCCGACCAGUGCUCUGUUUCAAAAGAUGCGGGAGGAAGGGACCGCAUGCACUGCCGAAGGUCAUUGCAACAGCAACAGUGGGAGUAGUGAUGGGGAUGGGACUGAUAUAUGUGGUGCUGCAGUGCAGCACCGGCUACCGGAUGGCACCAUCAUCAUUCUUGACUCCAAGCGUUUUGUGCCGGCGGAAAUGCUGUUUAAUCCUUCGCUCAUCACGGGCGACGUUCUCAGCGGUGAUCAGACUCUCAUUGACAACAUGGAGCAGCUCCGUACCUCCACACAGCCCCAUGGCCUCCACAAGCUUAUUUCAGAAGCUGUAAGUAAGUGUGACCAGGAUCUUGCACCUCUGUUGGAAAGCGCAAUUCAUCUUUCUGGAGGCUGUUCCCUUCUGCGUGGUUUCCCUGAACGCCUACGCAGUGAAAUUGACGCCACUCUUCCCCACAACUGCAAUGUGGUUGCCUGCACCGAGCGUCGUCAUGCCGCCUUCGUGGGGGGCUCAAUUUUGGCGUCACUUCCGACCUUUCAAGACUUUUGGGUGACGAAGGCAGACUACGACGAGGUUGGCUCCUCCGCAGUGUUACACCGUUGCUUUUGA